CAUCGUAACGUGCGCAGAUGCUGGCUGACAUGUUCCGAAAAGCAAAAUAGCAGUCAGCAGCUUCUGAGAAGUACGGACGCGUUGCGCAAUUCGUGUGUUGUGUUGUGGAUUUGAUAUAUUUAACUCAGAUCAUUCCCAAUACAGUUUCGAUGAUGAAAAAAUCGCGAUUGUGGCUAUUAGUCAGUCUGUGAAAUACGCGAGCGGAGUAAAAAUACGUUUACUCCACGUUUAUUCUAGCCCUGUGCGUGUUAACUCAACAAUCACAUCCGUCUACGAAGUGACUGUUGCCUCCACCAACGCACAAUAAUCUACGCAUGUGUUCAGUAACUAUCUUUUCACUCACAAUUUUUUAACCUAGCUGAAAACAAUUAUCAUCCAUGUAAACAGCGAAGGUUAAAUAUCAUUCUCCUAAUGUGUGUUCACGAAAACUUGAAAAGAACGCUGCAAUUCACAGUUUAAAAAACAAUCUUAGCCUACGAUGAGUUUUGGUGUUGUUUCAAACAAUCUAGUGCUCGGGUGCUGUUCGCUUAAAAGUUGAAGUUUAUUGAGAUGACAGAUGUUUUGAGGUCAGCUACUGGACGAGAUAGUAUAAUGAAAAUGUUGCUGUCAACGAGUCCCGUUGUUUCCACUUCAUCAACAGUAGGCUCAGGACUACCUAGUCCAACUGGUGACACGUUUGAUGAUAACCCAAAUACAUUAACCACAUAUUUACAUCAGCUCGCUGGGUAUUUUGAGAGUGAAAUCAACGUUAUCGUCAAGGAUCACUGCUAUUCUCGUCCGUGGAACUGGAAGCCGGAAAAUGUAUAUGUCAAGCCAGUCAAGAAACUGUUCUUCAGCAAGCCUAGAAGCUUAUUAGUCACGGAUAAACUAAAACAGGAUGAAGAGGUCAACGUUGAAGGAGAUAUGACGGAGUCUGUCACACCGCCAUACGACUUAGCCAGAACUCGUCAUGUGAUGGACGAGUUUCAGAGACUUGCGAAUUUUGCUCGACCCGACGAAAAUGAUGAUUGGGAAGAAAAAAUAGAAAAAAUCCUCUGGACUCCUGUUCAAAAUCGCAUCUUUACCAAAGUUAUGCGCAUAUUGUCUUCAGAACGGUUAGCUAGAUUGGUAAAAGCGAAUAGUUUAACAGAACCAAUUUUUCGAAGAACUUCCGUCGACACAGCUGCACGACGAUUCAGAGAAACACUCGCAUCUGCUGGAUGGGAUUUUCGAGUAGCUCAAUGGCUGCAUAAUUUACUCUUUGAAAAUUUACCCCAAGAAUAUAUGGCUAUUUACCUGGACAUUCUUCAAACGUUAAGAUUAAAAAUUCCACAAUUAAUAGAUAAAAUAAUAGCCAUACAACCAAAUCUCAAUGCUAAAAAUGGAUCAAUAACCUGGGAAACCCUCGGACCAUUGCUGAAAAGAUCAUGGGAUCCAAUUGCGUCAACAUUAAAUGCAAGCAGGCCAAAAAAGUUACCUGGCAACCCAAUCCUUGUCAUAGCACCCUCUGGAGUCGGAACCAGCGUUUCUUCACGACAACAUAAAUGGAUUUCGCAGUUGGGAGCUUUGGGUAUGGUUGUCAAUGUGCAUACACACAUGGGAUUAGCGGCAAAUAGAAUGACGAUGAUGGCUUGCAUGGAGCAACUGGUUCAAGCUACCAGAACCAAAAUACAAGACGUUCGUAGUGAUUAUCCAGGGCGGCCAAUAAUCCUUGUUGGAUUUAACACGGGAGCUGCUCUUGCUUGCCAAGUAGCUCAAAUGGAACAUGUAACGGCAGUGAUAUGCUUAGGCUUUCCAUUUACGACUGUAGAAGGAAAAAGGGGGACCCCUGAUGACACUUUGAUGGAUAUUAGAUGCCCUGUUAUGUUUGUUAUUGGUCAAAAUGCGACACUUGUGAGACCGGAUGACUUGGAAGAUCUAAGGGAAAAAAUGCUUGUCGAAACAAGCCUAGUUGUUAUAGGAACAGCAGACGAUCACCUAAGAAUAUCUACGGCAAAGAAAAUAUCUGAGGGCAUAACACAGAGCAUAGUCGACAGAUGCAUACUUGACGAAGUUGGUGAUUUUGUUGGGAGUAUUCUGCUGCAACCUCAUCCUUUGCCCCUGCGAUCUAAUCCCUUGAUGAACUCUGACAAGUCUAUGAAAAAGGAAUCCAGAAAGAGGAAAAAUUCUACUAGCAGUUCUGUAGAGAGCGAACCACACUCUCCAAGUUUGAAAAAAACUAGACCUAUGACACCCAUCACGCCGAAUGCUGUUUCCGGUACACCGCAAAAGUCUUCAGCAGGAUCUGUGGUGCGCUCAGGAACUAUAAAUACGCAGCCAACUCUUUUAGCAAUCAGCGGAGCAAAUUUAAAUCACCCAUCAGCACCUAAACGAAAACCUAGAGUUAUCAGUAAUCAGAAAGUUAGUUUGCCUGAACAGCUAUUAUCACCAAGACUAUCGGGGCAGUUGAAUGCAAGUAAUGCAGCCACGGGAAUAACAUUGAACAUUGGCACCUUGGCCAGUUUAGCACCCAUCGGACCAUUGCGUAUGGCAACAACCUCAGCCGGUCAAACUUUUCCGACUACAACCAAGAUGAGCAACGUAUCCAGGCCAUCAAACGUGUAUUCUAAAAUGCCUAAAAUGAUGACCGCAAAUACCAGUCCUCCAAGUAGUUCUAAAAUGAAAACGGUUAUGACGACAAAUAAAAACUUUUCGAAAACUGCAACUAGCAGUUAUAAGCACAUUAAUAUCACGGACAAAGGUGGCGAAGCGAAAUUGGUAAACGUUCUAACUACUGCUGGAAAUCAAGUUAGAGUCAGUGCAUCUACUGCUGCAGCAAUGCAGGUAAAGUCUGUCACUAAUGCAAGUGGAGCUCUUUCCGCGCUACUGCAGAGCAGAAGAAGUCCAAUGGGAAUCGUCAGCGGUAUGCCAAUGGGAAAAGGUACUUCUGCAUCGAGCAUUUUGUUGACGCCCAGUGUGUCGACUCCAAAUACGCACACGAUUGUAUCAUCAUCGUCAACAACUACACCAAAAGAGCCAGAGAACAACGGAGCAAGCAGCACUACGAAUCGAACUAUAUCUACACCAAAUCACCCAUUGGAAGUGUCUAAGAUGCAGUCUCCACCCACUUCGCAAACCAGUACAUCAAGUACAAAUUAUCCUCUUGCAGCAUCAUCGGAGAAUGUAGUGAUGUUAGCAGAUAGUUUGCACAAUUCGAGAACAGCUUCGAUGUUAGUGCCAAUGUCUGGUCAAAAUACAAUAACAAUUUUACCCUUAUCAAGCAAAAUGAUGAUGAACCAAAGAUCUAUGAAAACAGUGCCAAAGAUCACGGUGAACAAUUGUAAUCUCCAAAGAGUACAGAAAGUCAAUAAACCCCAAUCGCCGACGCAAAAAAAAAUUAAUAACGACUUUGACGACGAUCUGGGUAACAUACUGGACAUUCCAAUAAUAUUUGCUAAGGACGGUGAAAACUUAAACGCCAUUGAAAAAGCUCCACCAAUCCCUCAGGUGCCAGUUAUGAUGGAUCCUUACGAGAAAAAUAUUUCGAAACUAAGCGGGACCACCAAGGUUGUAUUGAUCAGUAAUAAGCAUGAUAAAAUACAACAUCCCGUCACAAGUUUAGCCAAUGCACCAAUGCAAACUCUUGUUCGAGCGACUGGACCGCUGCAUCAUGUAAAUCGUGCGGUUCUAACGUCCCGCUUGCAAAAUCAAUCUAUAGCUAACACUAAUCGCAGCAGCGCACCGGCACAAACAAUACCACGAUUGAAUCAACCAACGAUUAAGUACACUAAGAUUAUUUUAGCCAAGAGAAAUUCUGUUCCUAGUAAUAUUCACGACGAUAAGAACGAACAAGUUAUUUUAACUAAAAAUACUUCAAAAAUUGUUAGUUAUGACAAAAAUGAACAUAGAUAUGCUCAGAUGCUUCCGAAGCAUCAGAUUAAAUUUCAAGAAAUCAUUCAAGAGGAUGCACUGGAAAUUGAGGAUGCUAUCAAGACAAAUAUUAUUGAGCGAAAAAUUCCAACUGUAUCAGAAAUUGAUUUGACAUCACCAUCGAAAAACGGUCACCACACUGAUCCACUUAAUCAUUCGGAUGCAAAUACAGAAAUGGAUACUGUAAAGACCAAAGUUUUCCUCUCGGAUACAAACGCACCUUCUGAAAUUAUUGAAAAACAAGACGAAAAUCUAAAAGGAUAAAUUACUUGUUAAUGU